UGUUUCGCCCAGACCCGCCAGUGAAACGCCGUGGCCUAACUGCCGAUUGCCCGCGUCCGCGACGAGUCAAACUCCCCGACGCGUCAGCGUCUUCUCCCCCUCGCUCCCGGCCCAUCCCCUCUGGCUACAGACUGUCGAAUGGUGCCAAGCUUCCUCCGCCCCUCCCGCUAGGGUUCCGCCUCCGCGCCACGCCGCCAUGGAAGCUUCGCCGCCUCCGCUCCUCCCCCUGCUCCUCCUCCUCCUCCUGGCCGCGGCGGCGGGCCCGAACGCGGCCGCCGCGGCGGGGGACGGCUGCAGCCGGGGCUGCGACCUCGCGCUGGGCUCCUACUACGUCGCGUCCAACCAGAACGUCACCUACAUCGCCAACCUCUUCGGGUUCUCCGACUACCGAGUGCUCGGCAAGUACAACCCCGGGAUCCCCAACCUCGACUUCGUCGCCGCCGGGGACCGCCUCAACGUCCCCUUCCCCUGCCAUUGCCUCGCGCCGCCGUCCGCCCCGGCCUCCACCUUCCUCGCCGCCUCUAUCCGCUACGACGUCCACACCGGGGACACCUACAUCAGCAUCGCCGACCAAUUCAACAACCUCACCACCCCCGCCUGGCUGCAGGCCACAAACACCUACCCGGCCAACAACAUCCCCGACGUCGGCUCCGUCAACGUCACCGUCAACUGCUCAUGCGGCGACGCCGGAAUCUCCACGCAGUACGGCCUCUUCCUCACAUACCCGCUGAGGGACAGAGAGACGCUCGCCUCCGUCGCCGCCAAUCAUAGCUUCUCGUCGCCGGAGCAGAUGGACCUGCUCAGAAAGUAUAACCCCGGGAUGGACGGUGUCACCGGGAGCGGCAUCGUGUAUAUCCCAGCCAAAGAUCCCAAUGGAAGCUACCUUCCUCUGGAAUCAUCAGGGAAAAAAAGUUCAGCAGGAGCAAUAGCAGGAGGUGUUGUGGCUGGUGUAGUUGCACUAGUCCUGGCUGUCGUGUUAUUCUUGUUUUAUAGGCGAAGAAAGGCGAAACAGGACGCUUUGCUUCCAUCUUCUGAAGAAUCUACCCGUCUAGCCAGUGCAGUAUCCAUGCAAAAGGUGACACCAUCGAGCAGUCAAGCUGACGGAGCUUCACCAGCUGCCGGCAUUACAGUUGAUAAAUCAGUCGAGUUCUCAUAUGAAGAACUUUUUAAUGCUACAGAAGGCUUUAACAUAAUUCAUAAAAUUGGACAAGGUGGUUUUGGUGCUGUCUAUUAUGCUGAGCUUAGAGGCGAGAAAGCUGCCAUAAAAAAGAUGGACAUGCAGGCUACUCAAGAGUUCCUUGCUGAGUUAAAAGUUUUGACACAUGUUCAUCAUCUUAAUCUGGUGCGCUUGAUUGGUUAUUGCACGGAGAGUUCUUUGUUCCUUGUCUACGAAUUUAUCGAGAAUGGCAACUUAAGCCAGCAUUUGCGUGGAACUGGUUAUGAGCCUCUUUCUUGGGCUGAAAGAGUUCAGAUUGCACUAGAUUCAGCAAGAGGUCUUGAGUACAUUCAUGAGCAUACCGUUCCAGUGUACAUACAUCGGGACAUCAAAUCCGCAAACAUAUUGAUAGACAAGAACACCCGUGCAAAGGUUGCAGAUUUUGGUCUAACAAAACUUACAGAAGUUGGUGGUGGUACAUCUUUGCAAACACGUGUUGUUGGUACAUUCGGUUACAUGCCUCCAGAAUAUGCCCGAUACGGUGAUGUUUCUCCUAAAGUCGAUGUCUAUGCCUUUGGUGUUGUUUUGUACGAACUUAUUUCAGCCAAAGAUGCCAUUGUCCGAUCAACUGAAUCUGCCAGUGAUUCAAAGGGAUUGGUUUAUCUGUUUGAGGAGGCUCUCAAUGCACCGGAUCCGAAGGAAGGCCUCAAGAGGCUGAUCGAUCCAAAGCUAGGAGACGAUUACCCCAUCGACGCCAUUCUCAAGAUGACGCACCUGGCGAACGCAUGCACACAGGAGGACCCCAAGCUGAGGCCGACAAUGAGAUCCGUGGUGGUGGCGCUGAUGACGCUGUCCUCCACGAGCGAGUUCUGGGAUAUGAACGCCCUCUACGAAAACCCGGGCUUGGUGAACCUCAUGUCCGGCAGAUGACCUCCUCCCUCAGCCACAUGCCUCCCCUGGCGUUGUACAUCGGGGUUCUACAGUCAAAUGCGGGACGAUAAGGCGGUAGUGACAGCCUGACAGCGUCGAUUGUUUUGGCUAUAUAUCUUCGACGUGUAAUUUCCCAUUGGCUCGUUUCGAAAAAAAAAUCACAUCGGUAUAGAUUCUUUUUAUUCUCCUUUUAUUUAUGUCCGAGUUCAUAUUUUUCUUCUUGGAGACCUUAGCGCCACGUUCAUGUGAGUAGUAUAUGUCAAGUGUAAGUAAUAUAUGUACGUACGUGUUUAUUUUGACAUGGCAAUGGAAAUAGCUAUAGGCCUUGUAGAGAUAA